AGCCUGACUCUGUCGCACCCGAACGUGCUGCAAGGCUACAAAAUGUGCGCGGUGCGGGUUUUGACUGAUGGUGAGGUGAACCGCAGCAGUAUUGGUCACGACGACAGGACCCCCUCGAUGACGGGCGGCAGCGGCGACCCUCCACACAGUGGUGGCAGCCACGGCAAUGGACCCAGCGGCAGCGGAGGCAGGGUGGUGCCACACCUGACCGACCCAAAUUGCAUGGUCCAAGUCAUGGCACCGAACGCGGUGCUGGAGCCAGGGAUGUACGAGAUGUGGCUGGUCAGCGAGCUGGCGGACAAGGGGACCCUGGCAGAUGCCAUGAAGGCUGGCUGGUUCAAGCAGGCUGAGGCGCCUGGCCGGAACCUGCCCGCCAUCCUGCUGUGCUUGCUGGACGUGGCGCGUGGGCUGGAGUACCUGCACAGCUGCAACAUUGUGCAUGGCGACCUCAAGCCGCAGAAUGUGCUGCUGAAGACAGCAGGCAACGAUCGGCGAGGCUUUGUUUGCAAGCUUGGCGACUUUGGCCUAAGCCGCAUGCUGCCAGAGACUGUUUCGCACGUCGACACGGGCUCCUAUGGCACCGUGACGCAUGCCUCGCCUGAGCUGCUGACGGAUGGCCGCUUGACCAAGGCCUGCGAUGUGUUUGCGUUUGGAAUUGUUCUGUGGGAGCUUGUCACCGGGCAGCGGCUUUUCCCAGACAUGCACCACAUGCAG